AUGUCCAGCAAUUCCAUCAAGCUUUUAGCCAGUGAUGUUCACCGUGGUCUUGCGGAGCUCGUCGCCAGAAGAUUGGGCCUCAAACUUUCUCCUAGUGAAUUGAAGAGAGACUCAAGUGGUGAGGUCACUUUCAGUAUCGGUGAGAGUGUCAGAGAUGAGGACAUCUUUAUUGUUUGUCAGAUUGGUUCUGGUGAGGUGAAUGACCGAGUGUUGGAGCUUCUUAUAAUGAUCAACGCCUGUAAAACGGCGAGUGCCAGAAGAAUCACUGUCAUCCUCCCUAACUUCCCUUACGCCAGACAAGAUAGGAAGGACAAGUCGAGGGCUCCUAUUACUGCCAAGCUUAUGGCAGACAUGUUGACCACUGCUGGUUGCAACCAUGUUAUUACCAUGGAUUUGCACGCAUCUCAGAUCCAGGGUUUCUUUGAUGUUCCAGUGGACAACUUGUACGCUGAGCCUAGUGUGGUGAGGUACAUCAAGGAGAAAGUCAACUACCCAGAAGCCAUUAUCAUUUCUCCUGAUGCUGGUGGAGCCAAGAGAGCCGCUGGUCUUGCUGACACUCUAGAUUUGAAUUUUGCUUUGAUCCAUAAGGAACGUGCCAGAGCCAACGAAGUGUCCAAGAUGGUUCUCGUUGGUGAUGUUACCGACAAGAUCUGUAUCAUUGUUGAUGAUAUGGCCGACACAUGUGGUACUUUGGCAAAGGCUGCUGAAGUGCUUCUAGAGAACAAUGCCAAGGAAGUCAUCGCUAUAGUCACCCAUGGUAUUCUCUCUGGAAAUGCUAUCAAGAACAUCAACAACUCGAAGCUCAAGGCGAUCGUUUGCACAAACACUGUCCCAUUCGAAGAAAAGGUGUCUUUGUGCCCUAAGCUAGAUACUAUUGACGUGAGUGCUGUAUUGGCUGAGGCUAUUAGAAGACUCCACAACGGAGAGAGCAUUUCAUAUUUGUUCAAGAAUGCUCCAUUAUAG